AUGAUCAUUCCCAGCACUGGAUACAUGGAACUUGAACCUGAGCUUGAACCUGAUGGAGCUAAACAUGUGGAGCUGGAACCAGAUGGAGUUAAAGAAAUAAAGCUUGAGGUUGAGGAGAAACUUUGUGUCAUGGACAAACUUGUUGCCAACCAGGAGCUUGCAGCCAAGAAGAAGCUAGUUCUCAAGGAUACUUUGGCUGCGCCAAUGGGACUGGUUAAUCAUUCUGGAGUUAAUCUUGAGCCAAGAUGGAGAAAACAUGAUCCUGAGUUUUGGUUCAUCAUUCCUUGA